AUGUGUGAAAUUUUGGAUUAUUCUAUUGAGCAUAAGGAUAUUUAUGUGAAUAAAUAUUCGGCGUGCUUAGACAUGGAUCUGUACAUAACUGAUUCACUCCAGGAUAUGUUGGAUAUGGAUAUUAAAAAUGAAAUAGCAACAGAUCUAAGUAGUAUCACAGAUUUUCCAGAUUCGCUAGGACUAAAUUUCUCAGAACUCCCACCUUUAUUAGAUAUAGACACUGAUAACUCCGUGACUUGGCUCAAUAACUCAUCUAGUUUCGUUCACAAUUUAGACUUAUACGGUUCUGAGGCAAAUGCCGUAAUGGUUAAUCCAAAUUCUGUAAUGCCAUCUACUUUCGCGGAAACGCCUGUCAAAAAUAUAGUAAAAGAAGAAGCUUCAAAUCUCUUACUGACUUCAGCGGCGGCGAGUAACGACACAAACACGACCGCAUCACUAGCGAGCCCUAAAGAAGAAAAAAGUCAUCUUACCUUUUCUCCGAACGCAAUAAAAGUAACCAAAGUACAAGAAUCAGAAGAGCUGAAAAGCAAAAAAUCAUUAGAAGAAGCGACUCAAAUGUUGAUAUACGUGCGGAAACAAGACAAAAAUGUAGUAAAGGAUUUGAUAAAAGAUUUAGAUGUCGAUACGAAUAAGUCUAAAUCAACAGCGUCGCACGCAACGCCAGCAGUUCGUAUUAAACCUGAAAUAAUCAAAUUAAAUAAUAAAAACUGCUCGAUAUUGAAUACUAGCCAAAAGAUGGCACAGCAAAUGGGGACCAAAACGAUAAUUUCCGGGAAUAUACACAUAUUAGAUGCGCAACAAUCUAGAACAAUUUUAGCAAAUGGUAAUAAAAAUCAGGCGACGAUUCUGAUAGACAAUUCAUCAUUAGGCAACAAUAGACAAAUAAUAAAAACGGCCGUAAACGGUUCUUUUAAGAUCGACAAUAGCCAAGCGAAGUUUCUAAAUAAUAUUACUAAAACCACCGUGGGAGAAUUUCCGAAACCCGCUUACUCUUAUUCGUGUUUAAUAGCGAUGGCUCUAAAAAACUCACGAACAGGAAGUUUGCCCGUUUCUGAGAUCUAUAAUUUUAUGUGUCAACAUUUCCCAUACUUCAAAACCGCUCCGAGUGGGUGGAAGAAUUCGGUACGACACAAUCUUAGUUUAAAUAAAUGUUUCGAAAAAAUUGAAAAGCCUUCCACAAAUGGAAGUCAAAGGAAAGGUUGUUUGUGGGCUAUGAAUCCCUCGAAGGUUGGAAAAAUGGAUGAAGAAGUUCUGAAAUGGUCACGGAAGGAUCCUCAGGCUAUCAAAAACGCUAUGGUUUAUCCAGACAGCCUAGAGGCAUUAGAACGGGGCGAGAUGAAGUACAGCGGGUUCGCAAGUGAUACUGAAGCGGAAGACGACGUAGAUCCCGACGCUGAUGUGGAACUGGACCCAGACUUCGAAAUAGACCCUGAGGUAAAAGAAGAGGUCGAGGAAGAAGAGACAGUAAUAGAACAAGAGACAUCUGACCAAGAAUUAGAAGUGGAGGAAGUAGUGGAAGGCACUGGAAUGGUGGGAGGCACCUACCGUCUACUUGCAACCGGACCCUCCUCACUCACGUCCUACAUCACCGACAUUGAAUCGAGCGAGGAAGUUAGCGACAUUGAAGUAUUAGACCAUUCCUACGAAGAAAUCGAUAUAGAUGUAACGAAACCUGUGAAACUUGAUGUAUCAAUGACUGAAAAUUACACAAUACAUCCGGCGAAAAGGUCAAAAACAAGCUACAUCUAUCAACCAGUGUCAACACCCACCCACACAAGCAGACGGAAAACCCCUCUCGUGAACCGAGUGGCGUUAAUCUAA